GCCCCCAUCAUAUAAGUGAAAUAUUCUUGAGUACGAUGUAAAACACCAAUCAAAUAAAUAAAUAAAUAUCAAGGUUGACCAUGUGGUCCCUGUAAUUAAUUAACCUAACCUGUUUUGAGACCCCUAAACCAAAAAGGCCCAUGACUAUCACAUCUGUUCAUGAAAAAUAAUCAUGUUAUCCUGGUGUAUACCAGCAGUUAGUGAGCCUGCCUCCAUCAUGCUGCUUUAACAAGACUAAUCUUGAGGUUAUGACCAGGCAGAUGUAUCGCCAAGUUCAGGAGUUUUCCCUCGAAUGAAAUUUCGAGUGAUCACAUUGAUCAUGUGAAUAAGACAAACACAUCAAGAUGGCGGCCACAGAAAGUUGGACCCUGGAAAUCAAAUGCUCUUUUUUGUCAUUUUGUGUUGUUGCCAUGGACUAUUUUUGGUAAUGCCACCCUAAGAACAGAUGUUUGGGGACAAGUCCUAUGGUAUGCAGAUCAGCUACACCUGAACCAGAGCCUGCCCCAGAAAGUGGAGGGUGGUUAAAAAAUUUACUCAAUGUCCGUACCCUUACGCCCAGCAAAGAGUCUCAUUCAAGCAAGCUGGCCAGCAAAGAAACAGUAUAUGAAUUACAGAUUCACUGUGUGAAACCUGAAUACAUGGAAGACUAUCUAAAAGACUUUGGAGUGUUUCAACAGUUGAUGCAUGACAAAAAGACGGGUUCCUGUUUGAUUGGCAGUUUUACUGUGGAGAUUGGGGACCAAGAUCAAGCUAUUCACAUCUGGUCAUAUAAGGGAGGCUACCCUGUCCUCAACAAUGCCAAUUUAAUCUACAGAACUGAUGAGGAUUUUAUUGAAUUUCGAAGACGGAGGAACAAGAUGUUACGUUCACGCAGUAAUCAGAUCAUGCUGGCUUUCAGCUUCUGGCCCGAGCCUGAACCAAGACCUCCCAAAAAUAUAUAUGAGCUUAGAAGUUAUGUUUUAAAGCCAGGAACCAUGAUAGAGUGGGGAAAUAAUUGGGCCAAAGGCAUUAAGUAUCGAGACAAUAAUUCCGAAACUGUUGCUGGCUAUUUUAGUCAGAUCGGUGAACUAAACACCGUGCAGCAUUUGUGGGGGUACAAAGACCUCCAAACAAGGAAGGAGACAAGAGAGGCAGCUUGGCAGAAACCGGGCUGGGAUGAGUGUGUGGCUUACACAGUGCCGCUGAUUCGUCACAUGCAGUCCAGGAUCUUGAUUCCCACCCCAUUCUCCCCUCUUCAGUGAAUGGGAUCUUCCAGUGAACUGUCUCUGCUGUUGUGGUUGUAUUGAUAAAAAGAGUUACUUGUUGGAGUGACAAUUGUUUAUCAGGGGUGUCAGGUCUUCAAUCAUAGACUUCACGAUAAUAGUCAGCAUAUAUGUAACCUGUGAUGGAAGGAGUUAAAUGCUUGCUCAGUUCUUGGGUUACAUGUACUUGUAUUUGUGGAAGAAAAUGAAUUUUAACAUUUUUUUCUCAGUUUUUGUGGUAAGAGUGUUGUUAGGUAGAUUUAUGAUUGCAUUUGUACAGUGUGAAAUUCUGUAUUCAGUUUAGAUACCUUUUCAUGAUACAAAUUAGUAUAUGCCAUGGUUGUGUGUUAAUCUUAUCAGAAAACUGACUCUACGCAAUUUUGGUUUAUGAGAGAAAUUAUUCCCAGAUGCGACUUCAUCUACAGGCAUUGUAAGGCAGGACCCAUUUUCACAUAGAUUUUUAAGCACUUCAGCUAUGGUUUUCUCUCAUCAUUGACAUCAAAUUAUGACAGAAACAGUGUCACUUAUGAAAGAAAUUACAAGAGUUUAUGAAUGGGCUGAAAAAAUGUCGGAAAAAUAGGUUACUAAUCAGUUAAGGCUUAGUGAGAUACUUGUAACAACCAUAGUAUAUUCGUUGUUAACCAUGUUUGUUCAUGUGUACUUUGCAAGGCCAAUCUUGAGGCUCUGCCAGGUUAGCCUAAAUUGUGAGAUGGCAGAAAAAUAAUUCUUAAAAUUGCAAAUUCAUGAUUCAGCAAUUCAUGCUACAGCCAAAUACAGGCAUGAGAACGGAUGGGGAACGGAUGGGGGACGGAUGGGGAACGGCUGAUCUGGUUCACCCAGGGGCUGUGCAAAAUUAGAUUUUAGAGAAAGUAACCUUCUAUGAAUUUGCGUAUGUAAUCUGAUUUAUCCAGAAAGAGACAAUUUACUCUGGUUUUCAUUGGACAACAAAGGUCACUUGAGGGGCAUGUAUAUUCCUGUAUCAUACAGCUUUGUGUGUUGACGAGGUUGCCUCCCUUUGUUGGGCUAUGAAAAAUAAUGAGUUUAAACUGAAACGAAGUUAUACUGAAGUGAUUUCCAAUACAUCCACGUUGCUAAAUUGUUGGUUUUUUUGCAGGAUGAAUUUGUAAUUCAGUGGCAGUAUGUGUAUGUAUGGUGUCAGUAUUUGCUACACAGUACUUCAGUGACAGGACAUGUAAAUAAAUAGUGUCAGUAACCUUUGUUUUUGUUUAGGCCUCUCCAAUAAGUGGAUUAAUGACGCCAUAUAUUUUUGUAUCUCGUCAUGGAGUAACUGAGUGAGUAAUAGUAUGCCUUUCUUUCUAGUGUAGCCCACUGUGGGUUACCAUACAGUGUGUAAAGUGUGAACAGACCUAGGGUAGCUUUCUGUGAAAAAAAUGUUUAUUCACACUGGUGUAAUACAGACACGCUCAAUGUUGGGUGAACUUCUGAAAACUCAAAUUCUUUCUGACAGAUCUUUCAAAGGCCAAUAUAUAUGAGUCUGUGUAAACAUGUAUAUGUUCUCCCGUAAAAUCCAAGACUUUCUUCUGUGAACAAAUCUUAUUUCGUAUUGAGAAGACAAGAUUAAUGCUUUAUUAUUAACACAGUCAAGAAGGCAAAUAUUUCUAUAUUUUUGAACUUUGACCCAGUUGGUAUAAGACAACCAUUUUUUUUUUACUUGAUGUAGAUUCCAGCAAGGUUGUCGUUGAAGUAAAUGAAUUUAAUUUAACAUGUAUCAAACAUUGGUUUCUGUGUGUGUAAGCAUGUGUAAGGUUACAGAACUGACAUGCAUGUGGUAGGCCUACAUGCUGAAAGCUGGCCCGUGUUGGUUCAGAGGCACGUGUUUGAGUCCUUGACCCAGUGGGGUAUUAACAUAAUGCAGCUAUUUGAAAAGUGGUUUCAUUAGGGGUCUUGUCUUGGAUUCCACGUUUUUGUAUAAAUAUAUGAAUUACUUCCCUUCUCAAGGAAUUACCUUGUAGUACGUGGAUGGUAAGAUUGGCCAUUUACUGUGUGGGUGAUUGCAGUAAUUCAAAAGUAGUUAACAUUACAAGAAAUUUCACAAGCAUAUUAAUCAAUGUGUUAAUCAAUGUGAGUACUUAAAUUCCAUCUAACUGGUACUCUCAGAUACUAACAGCAUUGGAUAAUUGAACCGAUAGCCUACCCGCCGUCAAGGUUGGUAUAAAUCAUUUAAAAUGGGAAGUAACCCAUGCAGUACGAAAACAAUGGAGUAUAAAUACAUGUACACCAACUGAUGUGAACAUCACAGCUUUUAUUGGUUGUUUGAUGUAUUAAUGACCAAUGAGAAUCCUGCAUCUCAUUAAAUAUGCAAAUCUUGAGCGUGGAUGGAGCUAGUUUUUGCACUUGACCUGAAGGCCCGCCUUCCCAAUGUAAUGUGUGGGUUUCAUGAUUCUCCUUCAGGUAGUUUCUAAGAUAAUGUACAUGUAGAUUAGAUCUAAUGUAUAAAUUGAGAUGUUUACAUUGUCCUGUUUCCAGGCUAUAAAAUUUGUUUUAUACAGACAUACAUGUAUAUAUUUGCCUUGAUCUUUGUAGUUUAUAGAACAUAGUGCUAAUUUCAAAAUCCAUAAAGGUGUAGUUUACGGAUGCAUAGUGUUAAUGAUUCAAACAGAUGUAAUACGAAUUAGAAAAAUAUACAUAUCAAAUGCAAAGAUUGACUGUGUGAUACUGCAGAAUACUUCAGCAGUUAGACAGCCAGUACAUAUAAAGAUGAAAGUCCCUCAGUUAACAGAAAAUAGUACAGAAACUGAACACAAAUUUGUACCAAUAGACUCAUGCCUGUGUUGACUGUAUACACGUGCAUGUAGCAGGUUACACUUCAAAUUUUGUUAUGAUUAGACGCACCAUACUUUAUAGCUGAUCUUCACUUUAUAAGGUAAAUGACUUCUGGUAGAACCACAUAGAAAUGGCCGUGUGCUCGGACUCAGGCAUUUCCUUAUGAAGAAGAAAAUCAGAAUUCUGCAUUGUUAUAAAUUGGUAAUGACAGUAUUAUUAGUUCUGUUGGAAGUUCUCCAGGUCUGAGCAGUAGGCCUGUAUAAGGGACUUGAUAUAGCCCUGUCUAUGCUGUUGAACAUUGAAGAUCAGAACUACAUGGAGUAAGAUAUUUACAGUUAAAGAAAAAGCGAAUAAAGAAAAAGAAGGGGUUGCAGGUGUUGGGGCAAGGUGAGGGAGUUGCGUAAUGUGUAGGGGUUAUGAAGAUCAGUAUUAACUGUUUAAUCUGGUUUUGGGUGUGUACAAUCUAAAUCUCUCUUUUUUUAUU